CAGCGCGCACGAGACAACUGACAGCGGCGCGUGGCAUCGGUCUGGCAGGCUAAGGCAGAGAGCGAAUAACUGCUGGAGGCAAUGUACUCACAAGCUUUUAAUUCUCCCACUUGGAUCUACCUGACUAUGGGGUUACUCAUUACAGGAGGGUCACUAAUGCGGCAGCGGGCAUGGUCUACUUCAUUGGCGUUCUGGGUACCGCUGCUCGUUUUGCUGGGGCGCCUGUGUUCCUUCUGGCUACCUACGCCUGUUGGAGUCGCGAUCUUCAGCGCCGUCUUCUGGUUCGUGGUUAGGACGGGUUCACAAGACAAACUUCUCCCUACUGAAGGAAAAGCGGUUUUCAUUACAGGGUGCGACACAGGAUUUGGAAAAACAGCUGCUAUCCAGAUGGACUCACUUGGCUUUCAAGUGUUUGCCACUGUGCUAAACAUGGAGGGGCCUGGAGCUUUAGAGCUUCGAAAGAGAUGUUCACCUAAGCUGACCCUAAUUCAGAUGGAUAUGAGAAAACAUGAGGACAUCGAAAGUGCCUUACAGAUUACAAAAAAGAAGCUUGGACGAAAGGGACUGUGGGGUUUAGUGAAUAAUGCUGGAAUCUGCACCACUAUUGGAGAUGCUGAACUUUCUCUCAUGUCCAGCUAUAGAGGCUGCAUGGAGGUCAAUUUCUUCGGAACAAUAAACGUGACAAAGAUGUUCCUACCAUUGGUGCGGCAGGAGAAAGGGAGGAUUGUAACCAUUUCAAGUCCAUCAGCGGAACAGCCAUUUCCUUCUCUGGCCGCUUAUGGAUGUUCAAAAGCGGCUUUGAACCUUUUCAUGAAAACUCUGCGGCAAGAACUUAAACUGUGGGGUGUCUCUGUCUCCACCAUCCUGCCAUCAGCCUAUAAAACAGCUCCUUCUAGAGACCCAUUUUAUUGGAAUGACCAGUGUGAACAUCUGAUUCGCAAUCUGCCGCCUAGCCUUCUAGAAGAGUAUGGAGAAGAGUAUGUUCAGGAGACCAAGCACCUUUUCCAAGAAUUUGCCAAACACACAAGUGAAGAUUUCAGCCCUGUUAUCAAUAGGAUUGUGGAAGCUCUGUUGUCCAGCAAGCCAAACAGUAGGUACUAUGCAGGACGAGGUAUCAGGCUCAUGUAUUUCAUUAACGAUUACUUGCCAUCAGAGGUCAGUGACCGGUACCUUCAAAAGAUCUUCCUGAAAAAGAAGAUUUUGCCCAGAGCUUUAAAUAAUUCAAAACCACCUUCAUGAAUAGUAAAAAAAAUGUGAUGUAUGUGCAGGAUCAAGUCUCUGUUAUGCAAGUGCAUUUCUGCAGGGGUCAAUAUACACCAAAAUCCGCAAUACAAACCUCACAAAAAUCUGAGGAGUCAAUCAGGUCAAAUUCACUCAAUCGACAAUCAAUUGUUAUCCACCAUUCUGAUUUCCUUUACACAAAACAAUUUCUUUUGCUAUAUCUGAAGUCCUUCUUAGAAUGGUCUGUAAUGAACUAAUGCCAUCAGAAAUGUAAUUCAAAGAGGGCUUACACACAUUUCCUGGGUACACUGGUCUGUAAAACUUAAGCUUCCAUUUCUGAAAAAAUAGUCCAUUGCUUGUUCAAUCAUCAUUUUUCUGAACACAUAUCAACUUCAGAACACAACUAAUACAUUAGAACUGGAUUAUGAUACUAUAACAACUUUCAUUUGUCUUUGCAUUAAAUGAAAAGUAUCACCUUUUAUUUAUGCCAGUUUGCUUUAGCAGAAUCAGUGCAACCUGUGAAUUCUGUAAUUUUGUACUGUAACUCAUAUAUCCUUUUAUUUGUUAUUAUUAAAACUGAUUUUUACGACAAUG